GCUGUUGUUGAAGAUAGUUUAAAAUCUUAGGGCAUGCGCACUUCGAGUUCGGAUUCAGAGAAUACGCCAUAUUGGAAUAGUGUAGAGUAUUAACAGUUUCUAGUAUAUAGAAUUAGAGAUUCUUUUUUUUCGGGUUGGUCGUUUUAGCGCUUAUGUUGCAAUGAUACGAUUUAUAGGUAACUUUUUCUAAAAAAAAAAAAAAAUUAAAAUAAAAAAUAAGAAGUUCUCUGGCGGAGUGUUAUAAGGACGGCAGGGAAAUUAAACGUGUGGAUUUUAACGGGAAAACGGGGAUUCAGUGGAAAAGGUUUGUUAAGAUCACUGAAGUUGAAUGGAUCCGAGGGUAGCUUGGAUUCAGCCAGAGCAGAAAGGACCAGCGAAUGCAUUGUGGAUGCAGAUCUGGGAGACCUCUCAGGGAGUUAGGAACAACUCCGGCCACCACCACCACCACCAUCAUCACUACCAUCAUUUAUGUGUCAACGCGCCGGCUGUGGACUGUAAUCUUUUGAAACAUGUAGCCGCUGUGGCUUCCAAGAACACGCGCAGCAACAGCAGCAGCAAUCUCGGACAUGUUGCCAAUGCAAAUAACAGCAGCAAGAAUAUUCCUGUACCUUCAAGUCUAACGAAUAGCAGCAGCAACGGACAGAUUAAUUCUGCGUACCCCUCCUGUAACGGGGCGAAGGUAGGCGGGGGAGAAGGGAAGAGGCUGCAAAAGACACCCUCCGUGUCGUCGUCGUCCUCGGUCGAGUCCGGCACGGAAAGCCCAGUGAACUCGUCCUCAUCGGGAAGGACUAACAAGACCGUGGACGGCAGUCUGUUUUUCGGCUUCAGCGAAAACUUGCACAACGCGAACAACCACGGCGCCCAUCAGCAUCACCAUCCGCACGAGCUGAACCACGGUCGCCACGGUUUUCACGGCGUUACGCCGAGCAAUCACGGCCAUCAUCCAGGCCGCAGGAAAAGUGAUAAUAAGGCGAGCACCUACGGCAUCAAUUACUUGCUGUCCAGCUGCAGCAAUGGGAACUAUGAGAUCUGUUCCGGGACACCAUGGAAAACCAAAAAGUACAGUCCGGGCGUGAACGGACUCCAUGAAGAGAUUAUAGAGUUCUAUAAAUUUAUGUCACCUCGCCCUGAAGAAGCAGCUAUGCGUAAAGAAGUCGUGAAAAGGAUAGAAACGGUUAUAAAAGAUCUGUGGCCAACAGCAGAUGUUCAAAUCUUUGGCAGCUUUAGCACAGGACUUUAUCUCCCAACAAGUGAUAUAGAUCUGGUGGUCUUUGGUAAAUGGGAGAGACCUCCUCUGCAGCUACUGGAGCAAGCACUACGGAAACACAAUGUUGCUGAGCCUUAUAGUAUAAAAGUACUUGACAAAGCUACGGUACCAAUAAUUAAACUCACUGACCAAGAGACAGAAGUAAAAGUGGACAUCAGCUUCAAUGUAGAAACUGGUGUGAAAGCAGCUCGGUUUAUAAAAGAUUUUAUGAAGAAGUAUACUGUGCUGCCUUAUCUGAUAUUUGUGUUGAAGCAGUUUCUCCUUCAAAGGGAUCUGAAUGAAGUUUUUACAGGAGGAAUUAGCUCAUACAGCCUCAUUUUAAUGGUUAUUAGCUUCCUUCAGUUACAUCCAAGAAUAGAUGCCAAAAAUCCCAAUGUAAAUCUUGGCAUUCUCUUGAUUGAAUUUUUUGAGCUGUACGGGAGGCAUUUUAACUAUUUAAAAACUGGCAUUCGUAUUAAAAAUGGAGGUGCAUAUGUUGCCAAAGAGGAAAUUAUGAAAGCCAUGACGAAUGGGUACAGACCAUCUAUGUUAUGUAUUGAAGACCCCCUCUUACCAGGAAACGAUGUAGGACGAAGUUCAUAUGGUGCCAUGCAAGUUAAACAAGUCUUUGACUACGCCUACAUUGUGCUUGGGCACGCUGUGUCUCCACUUGCAAGGUCAUACCCGAAUAAGGAUUCUGAAAGCACUUUAGGUCGAAUCAUUAAAGUUACACAAGAAGUAAUCAAUUACAGAGAGUGGAUUAUAAAGAAAUGGGGAGGCAGGAACAGUCCAAGAUUAGAUAUUUGUGAUCAAGUUAUUAAAACGGAUGGGCAAAUAGACACCAGCAACCUGAAACUGAAUGGCGAGCUGCUGCAGGGCCGUGAUACAGUAUCACCACAAAGUGUAGAUUCUCCCAUGUCUCUUUCCAGUCCUCAGCAACAUUCCUCUGGCUCUUCUGCAUCAUCUGUGUCUUCUCUCUCUGGAAGUGAUAUUGACUCUGAUUCAACUUCUUGUCCAGCCACAAGUAUUCAUCAGUUUUCAAUACAGGCACUAACGCUGACGCCACUACCACCUGCACUGCAAAUACCAAAUGGCAAGCCAAACCUGAAUGGGGCGUUGAUUGUGUCAUCUAAUUCUCAGACACGAAUACCUCUUCCUGGCACACUUGCUAUUACGUCUUUGCCUGGCAGGCAGGUUUGUAUCGAUGGGACGCACCCCUUGAAUGCUGUUCAUCAUAUAACUUCCCCUGCUGCUCCCCCUGCCUCACCUAGUCCUUUGCCAAGUCCUCAUCUUCAUCACAAGGUGCACAGUGGGCCAAAAUAUUCAGUAAAAUCCUUUCACAGCCCGGGAACUGUUCAUAACAAUAUGAUGGGGAGUAUAAAGCAACCUGUUAACAAUAGGGGCCACCAUCAAUAUAACCGGAGCACAUGGCGAAGAAGGAAGCACCCGAGAGAGAACUUGCCUGUCAGCCUUAGUCGAUGAGAAACCUGUUUCCUUACUCUGAAGGUGGAUUUUCAUUCAUCAUUUUAAAUAAUUUGUCAGACAUGGGAGCAAGACCAGCAUUUGCAAUUUUAUCCUUUUUUUUUUUUUCUUUUUUUUUUUUUUUCCUCUCCUCUGUUAUUCUGUCUCCACCCCUCUCUCUGUCUGCAUGCUUCCUGUACGGUGGCCAAGAACCCAUCUUGCAGAUAAUACUGUUUGGCGCUGAAUAUCUAUGGAGAUGUUAUUUGGAUGUGAACGUUUCUGGGGUUCAUAUUUUUUUUUUUUUUUUUUUUUUUUGUUCUUUUUGGUUGGAAGUUGGGAGGUGAGUGUGGGGUUGCUGUGUGGGGGGGAAGGGGUGGGGCCGGGGUGGAUUUUACCAUGAUUCUACAUCCAGUGCUGGACACCACACUAAGGUGACAACCUGCCAGAGCUUGAAGAAGCUAACUGCCGUUUUAUUUUAAACACUAGUGUCAAAGACAUGGCAUGUUUAACGAAAAGACUUCUGCUCUUUUUUUGUCUCUCAUGGACACAAAUCUUCAUGGAAAAACGCUGCCUCCUUUUUCAUACUCAUUGUGAACUUUUUACUGUGUACAUAUGAAACAAAUUGUUUAUCAUUUGUGCAAUAACUGUUUUCAGAAGAAAAAAGGUUUUAUUUAAUUUUGUUGUUUUGAUAUGUCACGUGUCUAAGUUAUAUUGAGAUGUAGGGUUUUUCUUUCCCUUCAAGUUUACAAAUCCUUUCGUGGGUUGCAUUCUUUGCAGGUUUGCCUUUUUAACUGAAGUUGAGGGUUAAACGAUGUCAACCGUGCGACAGGGACUCCCCUUUUAAUGAUUUUUAUGCAGAGUCAUAAUGAGCUUUCCUGGGAAUAUAACUGUUAGGUUGUUACAUUUAGCAUGGUUUUAUUUCACUAGAUGGCGAUGUUGUACUGUUUUUACAUAGGAAAAAAAUAAUUUUUACCAUUUCUUUUAAUCAUUUUUUUCUAUUUUGAACAUGUCCAGUUUUCAUCAGUGUGGGAGAUGAGAAAUGAAAUGCGCAUGUUAGCCGCUUUCACUUUUCUUGUUUUUUUUGGGGGGGACACAUGCAAAGUUGCAUAUUUCAGAGCAUACAGGUAUGUUGUGGUCUAAACGUUGCUGCUUUCAUGCCUUUCUCACUGAAGCUGCCGGGGCAGUUUUAUUGUUCCCACAAUAUCUUGUGUUUUUUUUUUUUUUUUUUUUUUUUUUUUUGUUUUUUGUUUUUUCUUUCUUAAAAAUCUGUUAUCGUCAGCCUCAUUAUUAAAUAUUGUUUCUCUUAAAUUAGGCGGAGACAACAACAACUGACGCUUAAUUCCCAGAAAAUGCAUUGUCUGGAAUGAAACCAGCACAGGUUUGGGGAGGGAGGGGGAGUCACGAGAAAGUUCGGUGGACGAGGAAGAAGACGACGACGAUGGUGAUUAAAUGUCAAGUAACCUGUAUUUAUGCAAAGGGGCCAAAUAUAAGCUUUUGCUUUACUGGCACCCAGUUAACCGAAUGUAGAGAAAGGAAUUAUUUUGAUUCCGUUCUGGAAUCUGUAUAGCAGUAUGCAUUCGUUCUGUUAAGAGCAACACAAAUAAAUCUUACUAAGUACUUUGGUUGCUGUAUUCCUCACCCGAAGUAUUUUUUACAGUAUUGCAUCGUGGUGCUGCAAGUGUGCGACUCACUAACUGCAUUGCUAGCACUUAAAAGUUACUGAUGCAUACAGGUAUACUAUGCAAGUGUUUGUUUUGAUUUUAGACGUUUUUUUUUUGUUUUUUCUUUCUCUUGACAACCACGUUUUCAUCUGUUAGAAAGAGAGGAGUCAUAAUAACACUUCCUAGAAUUCCUAACAAGGUGGUUUGUCUGAAGGGAUAAGUUAUUAUUACAUGAUACCUGUAUUACGUGUAAGUCAAAUAACUGUUUGAGCCUGAGCUGCAGUGAACACUACCAGGUAAAAUAUAUUUCAACAGUGGUUGAAACCAAAAACGAGCAACAUCAGCUGCCACAUGACCCGUUUCAGAUUCCGUUUGAGUCCAUUAUUGCUUUUCCUUUUCCUUCUUCUGUAUGUCCAUUGUACUCUGUGAAGAGUUGAUUUCUCUUACUGAAAUCACGUGCCGAAUGCAUGUAAGUCGUAGUUUAUUUGUUUAAAUGUAGAUGAACACCGGAAUAUUUAACCAAGCAGGACUCUCGUUAAAACAACAUCACACUCUUUAUGCAGAAUAUGUCACACCGGCGCUUGCUGCUGCUGCCACUCUCUUUAAAUGUGGUGGUCACAUUACAGUUGGCCAUUUUUAAAAACUACUUUUUUUUUUGGGUCAUGUCAAACCCGUCACACUCAUUCAGCUACCACUGAGAUUGUAUCUUAACUGGUGUAAAACAGAAGUAUCAUGUAUCAUUGGGUUUUUUUUUCUGUUUUGGAUUAUUUUCAAACAUAUUUUUAUGUAAAGUUUUUUCUAUUUUAUUUUUAAUAAACUUCUUAAAACAA